AAAAAAGGAGAUCCUUUUAAUGUGUCGCAGACCUUCCUCAGCUAUGGCCUCCUCCUUUUAGGUUUCUUCGUCGUCGCUCUUUCAUCGGAAUAAAUUCUACCAACUUCGAGGACAGAGCCGCCGGCGAGGAAAUUCGGGCAGCUUAGAUCGGCGAUUUGGCCUUGUUUAAACUAAGAUCGUCUAGUUAGGGUUUCGUCCCCUGUUUUGGCCGCAUCUAUGGAUUCUCGGUUUACAGGGGUGUUGAUAUGAAUUUCGGCUUUAGAGAUGACGGAAUCUAUCUGGUCACACGAUCAACCUUCUCCUCGGUCGAUGAUACCGUCACCAAAACCAGUGGCUAAUGUCCAUCGCCAGAGGUGUAGAAGCGUCUUCAAGUUGCUUGUCCAGAGGGAAAUAUCACCAAAAACAAAGUUUGUGCCAAGAAAACGGUGGGGUGAAAGCCGAUGGGAUGCUGAUUCGUCGUGUGGAACCAGCAGCGAACCAGUGAGCGAGCAGGGACAUAAUCUUAUUUCAUGGGUUGAGGCUGAGUCAUUGCAGCAUUUAUCUGCUAAAUACUGUCCUCUUGUACCUCCUCCAAGGUCGACUAUUGCAGCAGCUUUUAGCUCUGAUGGAAGAACUCUUGCUUCUACACAUGGUGACCACACAGUAAAGAUUAUUGAUUGUGAGACAGGAAAAUGCUUAAAAGUUUUAAGUGGCCAUCGGAGGACUCCUUGGGUGGUCAGAUUCCAUCCACGCCACUCAGAAAUAGUUGCUAGUGGAAGUUUAGAUCAUGAGGUGCGCUUAUGGAAUGCAAAAAUUGGGGAAUGUAUUAGAUCUCAUGAUUUCUAUCGACCUAUUGCUUCUAUUGCAUUCCAUGCUGAAGGUGAAUUACUCGCUGUUGCAUCUGGUCACAAGUUGCACAUAUGGCAUUAUAAUAAGAUAGGGGAGGAUUCCUCACCUGCAAUUGUCUUGAAGACAAGGCGUUCCCUGAGAGCUGUACACUUUCAUCCACAUGGGGUUCCUCUUCUCUUGACUGCAGAGGUGACUGACAUUGAUUCAUCAGAUUCCGCAAUGACAAGAGCAACGUCUCCAGGUUAUUUACGAUAUCCCCCCCCUGCUAUUUUCUUCACCAACACACAAAGUGGCAGUCGUACCAGUUUGGCAGCUGAACUGCCACUUGUGCCAUUACCGUACUUGCUCUUGCCUUCAUAUUCUGCUAAUGAUCCACAAAUGCAAUACUCUACUGGUACUACUGGUUCAAGGAGUGCACAAUCGAGGUUUCAGAGUAAUCAAAGUUCUGUAGAACAUGGCAGCAGAACAUUUUCACCUUCUCCUCUUCCCAUGGCUAUGUCUGGUGAUCUUUCUGGUUCCUAUCAUGUUCCAGAAAACUCUGCUAGCAGCACAUUUGCUGCUCAAGCUGGAGCUAGAAAUUCUGCCACUGCAGUUGAUGCCAUGGAUGUAGAUGAAGCUCAACCUGUUGGAAGAAAUAGAGUUCCUGGUCAAGUUUCAAGUCAACCAGAUUUACUCGAGUUUGGACAACUUCAGCAGUUGUUUCACUUUAGAGACAGAGGUUCCUGGGAGCUACCUUUUCUACAAGGGUGGUUGAUGGCUCAAAGCCAAGCUGGUGCCAAUUCAGUGGUUCUUCCUAGUGGUAGUAGUGGUCUUGUCAAUUCAACUCCUUAUACGGGUUCGUCUUCAGCAUCUCAUUCAUCCACAGCCAGUCUAGAGGCUGCAGUAGCGUCAUUAGAAAUUCCUGGUGGUGUUAACUUAUAUGGGGUUUCUGCAAGAGGUGAUUCACGGGACCGAAUUCUACAGUCCCGCUUCGCAGGAUCUGGUUUAGCAGAAGGUCUCUCCUCUCGUAACACUCAACAUGAAGGAACUGAAACUCAGCCAGUGGUAAACAGAAUUCCAUCUGAACUGGCUACCUCAAUUGCUGCUGCAGAGUUGCCUUGUACUGUCAAACUGAGAGUGUGGUCACAUGACAUCAAAGACCCAUGUGCAAUACUGAAGUCUGAUAAAUGUCGAAUAACAAUACAUCAUGCUGUUCUUUGCAGUGAGAUGGGAGCCCAUUUUUCACCAUGCGGGAGAUAUUUAGCAGCGUGUGUUGCAUGUGUUAUUCCUCAUUCCGAGACAGAUCCCGGUUUGCAGACGCUGGUCCAACAAGAUUCGGGGCUUGCAACUUCCCCUACUCGACAUCCAGUUACAGCACAUCAAGUCAUGUAUGAACUUCGUGUGUAUUCUCUCGAAAAGGAAUCAUUUGGAUCAGUACUUGUGUCACGGGCAAUUAGGGCGGCACAUUGCUUGACCUCUAUCCAGUUCUCACCAAACUCCGAGCACAUAUUGCUUGCAUAUGGUCGGCGCCAUGGUUCUCUUUUAAAGAGCAUCGUGAGUGAUGGAGAAACAACAUCACACUUUUUCACAGUGUUGGAGAUUUACAGAGUUUCAGAUAUGGAACUGGUUAGAGUACUUCCAAGCUCAGAGGAUGAAGUUAAUGUUGCCUGCUUUCAUCCUUCCCCUGGGGGAGGUCUUGUCUAUGGAACAAAGGAGGGAAAACUAAGGAUCUUCCGGUACAACACAGCUGCUGCAUCCAACCUCACUGCACCUAACAGCUCUCCUGAUGAGAAUCUGGCUGAGGUAGAAUUGUUGUCAAGGUGCAGACAUAUGCAUUAGAAUGCUAGACAGAGCAGAAUUUUGGGUCUCAACCGAUACACACUCGCAUAAAAGAUCUUGCAUCACGGGCUUAUUUACCUCCCUUUGUUUCUUUUUGGGCAAUUCCCCCAAUUCUGCUUGCUCACCGUGCGAUUUGAAGCCUGGGAAGCCUUUUCUUCUAUCCACACACGAGAUGUUGGUAUCUUCUUCCUUCGUUCCUUAUAUACUGUGAAGGGCCGCAGGUUGGGAUGGCCUCUCUUCAAUUUGCGGCACUUCUUUUCUUGAAAAAAAAAAAAAAAAAUGAAACAGGUUUCUGAGUCUGUUGUUUAAAAUGACUGCAGAAAAAUGUAAAAAAAAAAAAAAAAGAUAUUUUCUGUUUGUUGUUGUAGCUUUGUAACUAAAAGUUUGUAACACGUUUUUCCUCUGUAAGAUUUCUUUGUCCCCAUUGUU